AUGUCGUUACCAGGAAAUGGAAUUUUCGUGGUGCAGGGCGAAAUGGCUAUGCUCGUCACAGCCAUGCGUCGAAGCACCCGGUGGGGCUCACACUCUUUCCCAAACGAAGAAUAUGAUGUACUUAUGCGCACAUUCCAAGAUCUGAAGACAAUCCUAAAUCAAGUCGAUGAUCUACGGCUAUUGGACCCUGCUACAUAUUUGAGCCCUUUCCUAGAGGUGAUUAGGAGCAAGGAGACCACUGGUCCAGUCACAAGUCUUGCCCUUUCUGCCAUUCAUAAGUUUUUGUCUUAUGGGUUAAUUGAUCCAACACAUCCUAGCGUGCCGGCGACGGUAGAAGACAUUGCUGAUGCUGUUACACAUGCAAGAUUUGUCGGUACAGACCAUUCGUCAGACGGGGUAGUUCUUAUGAAAAUAUUACAGGUGCUUCGCACAUUGAUGUUAAGUCCAGAGGGCGCCAUGUUAACGGACGAGAGUGUUUGUGAAAUCAUGCUCAGCUGUUUCAGAAUAUGUUUUGAAACGAGACUCACAGGUGAAUAA